CUGCAAUUUUCAGUGAUGGCCGCAGUAUGGCGUUCGACAGUCAGAGUCAGUGUUGUUAGUAGAUUGUGACCACGUGUGAUGUGAUAGUGGUAAAUUCAAAUUAUUUAUUUACGCGCAUUAUUUAGAAGACCUCAACUAAUAUAAUGAAUCUCCAGUAAAAUCUGCAAAACUUGGUUAAUAUUAAAAGGCAAUAUGAGUUAUACCAGAAGGGAUUAUUACAACGAAACUAACGGAGGAACUGCCCAUCCAAGUCAAAAAAAAGAAAACAAUGAGAUGACAAGACUUCAAGAGCCAGUGAAACUGCGGCCAUCCUGGGAAGAAAACAAUCUACCCGAGGAAGAAUUGAAUUUCAAAAAUCUCACGAUGGAUGAUGCCAGUUUGCAACUCAAUACGCCCCCCGAUAGGUACGCCUUGGUGUAUCUCACGUUUUUGAUACACGGUAUAGGAGUACUGAUGCCAUGGAAUAUGUUUAUUAAUGCCAAAGAAUAUUUUACAGAUUACAAACUGCAUAAAUCGUACAUACAUCAAGAAUAUGAUAUGAGUAACUUUAUGCAAUAUUUGACUUUUUCAUCUCAAGUUCCUAACAUUAUAUUUAAUUAUUUAAAUAUAUUUAUGAGAAUUGGUGGAAACCUAACAACUAGAAUUGUGUGGAGUAUAUGUAUAGAAGUUGUAGUUUUCAUAAUAACUGUUAUAUUAGCAAUGGUUAGUACGGCAUCCAUUCCAAAUGGAUUUUUUUACACAACUAUGGUUUGUGUAGUUAUUUUAAAUAUGGCCAAUGGAAUUUACCAGAACACAAUAUUCGGCAUGGCUGCCAAAUUGCCGCCGAAAUAUACGGGGGCCGUAGUGUUAGGCUCUAACAUAAGCGGAACAUUCACUUCCAUUGUUUCGAUAUUAUCGAGUAUGAUGACAAACGAAAAACGCAUGGCUGCCAUUUAUUAUUUUAUAACGGCCCUCUUUGUUUUGCUCGUUUGUUUCGAUACCUACUUCGCGCUACCUCUGAACAGAUUUUACAGGCAUUUUGAGUUAAAAGAGAAAAAAGAAGCUGAUAAAAGGACAGCUGCAAAUAAGGGAAUUAAAGAAAGAGUUCCAUAUUUACACAUAUUAAAACAAGCCUGGCCUCAGCUGUACAAUAUAUUUUUUCUUUUUUUUAUUACUUUAAGUGUGUUUCCUGCUGUUCAAGCUAAUAUAAAAAUUAGCGAUGAAAACUUUUUCAUUGGAAAAGACAUGUAUACACCAAUUUUAUGCUUUUUAACAUUUAAUGUUACAGCUAUGUUGGGUAGUUCUUUACCCAGCUUAGUAAAAUGGCCUGGUCCAAAAUAUUUAUGGAUUCCCGUGACUUUAAGACUGUUAUUUGUGCCCUUCUUCCUUUUUUCAAAAUACGAAAUUGACGGAACCUCAAGAAUAUUGCCAACUCUAUUUACUAACGACUGGGUCUAUUGGUUUGUUGCCAUUCUUUUUGGACUUAGUAGCGGCUAUUACAGCUCACUUGGGAUGAUGUAUGCCCCCAGGACUGUCCAGGACAGAUACGCGGCAACAGCGGGCAUGUUUGCAGCGGCCUCCUUGAUAACUGGAAUAUUUACAGGGAUCUUAGUGUCCUUUGUGUGGCCUUGGUUGAUCAAUCAUGUGGGUUACUAACACAAAUGUCUGGUAUAUGACACCGAAACGGAGUUCACAAUAAAAUUGUGAAGUAGUAGUAGUCAUGUACCAAGUGUAAGACUUUUCUGAUCUGAUUUACGACUUUUAUAUUAAGAGUUUUUCUAUUUAAUUGUUAAGAUUAAGUUUAUUGUUAUGCAUGUUGUUCAAAAGCUAUUUGUUUUCGAAAAGACAAUUCAUAUAUUUCUUAAAUAAUUUACAUUAUUUUUAUUGCACAGCAAGCAAAAAAAAAUUCUAAAACAACUUUUAAAACUGGCUUGAAGCAUAUACAAACAAUCAUAAUAAACAAUCAUUGUUCUUCCAUAAUCAUCCAUAUCUUUUUUGUAAUUUUUUAUGAAGUAAUAACAUUAGACACGUAUUAAUUGUUCUAAAUAUUGUACAUAAAUAACAAUUAUUUUUUUUAUUAAAUUUGAAAUCGCGUGUUAAUUAAAUUGUUAUUUAAUUUUUUUUAUUAUAAUAUAAUUUAUUAUUAAUACCAAAAUUUUAC